AUGUUGGCCUGUUCGUGUGCUUCACACGUCAAAACCAGACUGCGGACCUCUCUGAGAGAUCACAUUCUUCGUCCAUACACUAUAUGUCCUGUUAUACUGGAGAGACCGUCUACUGUGAGAAAAGACUCCAGCCAAUCAGGAGGCCGAGGGGAAACACAAAGGACCAAUUCUGUAUCUGUUGAUGGACAGGGGCUACAGAUUACGUCAUCACAAGGAAUUCAUCCACUUGUCAACCCUAAAAGUUGA